AUGAUCGACGAACAGCAUCCCAUGCAAAUUGGUCUGUUUCCAAUGGACAUCAAAUGUCAACAGCAGCAGCAACAGCAGCAACAACCACAUCAACAGCAGCAGCAACAACAGCAACAUGUAGCAGGAGCAGGAACAGGACAUGCGUCGCACCCGGCCAUGUGCCCCAUUGCAAUGGGGCACAAUCAACUGCUGUUGAACGGAAAUGAGCGCAUGUUAACAACACCAACGGCAACACAAGCAACAACAGUAACAACAAUAGCCAGCAAGACAGUAACAGCAGCAACAGCAGCUGGGGAAACAGGAGGAUUGCCCAUCCACAAUGACAAAAUGGCGUCAGCGAGCCAAAAUGUCAACGGAAGUUGUAUGAACCACAACAGCAGCAUGGCCACUGCACAACCACAGCAACAACAACAGCAACAACAGCAACAACAACAACACCAGCAACAUGAAGCCAUGACGUUGACAAUGGCAAGACAAGGACUCGGACCUGGUCCACCAAUGCAAAUGCAGCCGAGUCGCAACGCCUUGGGCAAGUGUAGUUUGAGCGAACUGGCGAAUGGCUAUGCGAACCAACCACCCACAACAGCAGCACCACCAACACCACACACACCGCAAGCGCCUCAAGGUGUGGGAGUCAAUGUCAAUGUUGGACUUGGCAUGAGUUUAAGCCUGGCUGGAAACACAGUCAACCACUGCGCCUAUUGCUGCCAGCCAAUUUGUGAUCGUUACAUAAUGCGAGUGGUGGACAACUCUUUUCAUGAGGGUUGCCUCAAGUGCACCGCCUGCUCAAUGCACUUGAUAAACUCCUGCUAUGCGAGGGAUGGCAAACUCUAUUGUCGCAUUGACUAUGAAAGACUCUAUUUACGCAAUCGUUGCCUUGGCUGUGGCCAUAAAAUCGCCGCCGAUGAAUUUGUGAUGCGCUCCCAGGAGAGCAUCUUUCAUCUCAAGUGCUUUGCCUGCGUGGUUUGCGGUGCUCUCUUGAAGAAAGGAGAGCAAUACGUGGUCAAGCAGGGACAGCUCUUCUGCCGCUUCGACUAUGAAAAGGAGGUGGAAAUGCUGCAGGGUUAUGAUUUUUAUGGUGAUGAGAUGUUUCCACCCAAGUUGGAUGGUCGUCGGGGACCUAAGCGACCGCGUACCAUUCUCAACACCCAGCAACGUCGUGCCUUCAAGGCAUCCUUUGAAGUGUCUCCUAAGCCAUGCCGCAAAGUGAGGGAGAACCUGGCCAAGGAUACAGGCUUAAGCUUAAGGAUUGUGCAGGUCUGGUUUCAAAACCAACGCGCCAAGGUUAAAAAGAUACAAAAGAAGGCAAAACUGGAUCCACCUGCCAAAGGUGUUAGUGAUUCACACUCACAGGAUUCACAGGAAUCGCAGGACAGCAGUCUGACGACCAAGAUAAAGGACGAAGCGCACAGUGACAGUGAGUCACAACAGGAGUCGCCGUUCUCGAUAACCUCCGAAGGACUGACAAGAUUGCGUUGCAAUGUCAAAGAUGAACAGGAACAGGGAUCCAUAAGCUGCAUGGAAACCAACAAAGAGAACUGCAACAAGAACAGCGAACCCAUUCUGAAUACGAUACUGGGUCUGAGUUAUGCGACCUUCCAGCAGCUGAUGGGUCCCUUCACACAGACGCCAAUGAUCAAUCCGAUCGAUCGGUUAUACAGCAUGCAGAGCUCCUAUUUUCGACCCGAGGAACUCGGCGCCUACGGCGAAUGCGGAGGCGGCGGAGGAAAGGAGACAAUGGAGCAUUAAUUAUGCUGCUAAGGAAAGAAUUUUAAGCCAAAAUCAAAAUUAGAAGUUGUAAAAUAAACAAACAAUUGUUAAUAUGCUAGAAACUAAAAGAUGAGAAGAUGAUCUCAAAUUCCAAUCGGAAAAAUCAGGCGAAAAAAAAGUGCAGCACGUGCACACGUGGAUGCAACCCCGCCCCAA